AUCGGACCAGCCAUGAAAACUGAGUUGAUCAUCGCGAUCGGCUGCACGAGCUUUUUCCACCUUUCAAAAGCUCAGGGACUUUUAGGCGGCCUCGGUUGUUCAUCGAAUGCAUUUAUUUUACAACAGACAUGCCCGCUGCAUUGCGACCUGGCAAGGGACACGAACGCAUGUCCUAUUUGUGUUUGUCCGCCCUGCAUAAUCUGUCCUGAGCCAUGCUACGUUCCAAGUUUUCUCGGUGGAUUAGCUGGUGAAUGUCCAGGCUGUGCGCCUGGAUUCGACUGUCAUUUAGGCUUUUUCCGAUCCGGGAUACGACGCCUUCCCAGAGCUCGCCCAGUUUCGCCUAUGCAACUAUCGCGUUCAGAGACACCACAGCAGCAACAUGAUCAGCAGUCCAAACUAUAAAAAAAAAACCAACUGGUUCG